AUGGCGCCUCAUGGCAGUCGCAAGGGCCACAUGUCCGUCAAGGACAAGCGAAUCAAGCUCCGACCGGCGCCUGAGAGCCAAGCCUGCACACUGACAGAGGAAGAGCGAUCGGCGCAAGUCCAAGCUGCCAUUCGAGCCAGAGAGGCUAGUCGUGUCGACUGUCUGUACGGACAAGAAGCCGCGACGUCAUUCAGGAAGGGGAAAGCGAGAGCGCUAGGUGAGGAGAGCGAGCCAGAAGAAGAGGACCGUCUGCCACUCCAUGGCGUCAAGAUCUCUGCGACGGGCAUACAAGACGAUGCGCGGACCAAGCUGGGAGAACAAGUCACUGCGCUGGGCGGCAGCAUGUCGUCUUCGCUCAUGACGACAACGUCGAUCCUCCUCGUGCCUUCCCUGGGCUUACAGGACGAGUCAGAGGAGAAUGUCCUGGCCAGACAGCACCUGCAAGUCACCUUGCGCGACAGUGACAAGUUCAGAACAGCAGUCAGGCGCGGCAUACUUGUGCUCUCCAUCGACUGGAUUGAUGACUUGCACCAGUGCUGGCUACAAGCUGAAGCCAUCGAUCUGCUGGAAUCGAUCAAGCUGCACCGAGUAAGACCAUUGGAGACCCUCAAAAUCAGCAUCACCGGGUUUCCAAAGGAGCCCGAGUCGACCCGCAAUGACUAUCUGCGGCUACUAGAGGAACAAGGCGCAGACACAUCCUCUCGACUGAAAUUAGGCGUCUCUCACCUCGUCGUCUACGCGACUCCAGAGAUCGUCAAGGCUCAUCAAGAGACCGGCGAGCUAGAGCCAUCGAGCAAGUUGAAGGUCGACUGGCUUCCCAAGCUCAAUGGACGCAUCGCUGCCAAUCUCGCAAAGACCCCAGAUGAGCGAGGCAUGGUCUUGGUCGACGAUGUUCUCACUGCCCAAAGACUCCUGCGAACCUGUCGUGCGGUCUGGUCGACAUGGGUCGAAGAUUCAUUGGCAGCCGGCUAUGCUCUGCCAGAGGACGCAUACGAUCUCUCGAAGAAAAAUACCAAACUGGCAGAGCGUCAGGUACCCUUGCCGAUCGACCUACCAGCCUAUCUUGCUACUCACUUCAGGCCCCGUACCUCCCGCGCAUCGGCGCCGCAGCUAAAGCGCAAGCAGCCUGACGAUGACCCUUCCGUCGUACUGGCAGACGCCACAAUCGUAGAUGAAGGCGCAAGCACGAGGGAGAAAGCGAUCAUACGCAGAUCGGCGAGUGCUACCCGCGUUCGCCUCGCACCUGAGGACCUCUCACAGCUCCUAGGCUCGAGCACAUCCAGCAAGCCAGCUGUUUUGGCUGAUUCGACUCAGCUGCAUCAAACUGCUAAAUCAGUGGCUAUGAAGGUCGAUAGCAAGCCUCAUGCGACACCAAGCACUCAUCUGGGCGGCGUCAGAAACGGCCAGACUAUCGCGGCAACGCCGAGGAAUCCGAACUUACCCAGUCUCAUGAGUACACUUGCCAAACCAGAAGCUGCACCCCGACCAGCGCGCCAGAUCUUCGCCGGCUACCGCUUUCAGCAUUGCGGGCUCGCAGGGAUAUCCUGCACGCGCUUCGUCGAAUGCGUCAUCGAGCAUGGAGGAACUUUCGUUGAGGAGGAUGACAUGGCCACUCCAGAUUGGAUCGUCGUGCCGUUUGCGAACCCGCCUGAGAGCAUCGAUCUCUCUGAUACCCGCGUAGUCAGCCAAUAUUGGGUCGAACGGUGCCUCUACAUUGGCUCGAUAUCUAACCCUGAUGCGCAUCACAUGAGCCGCGCCGUCAGGUUCGCUUUGCCGAUAGCUGGCGCAGAUCUAAUCCAUUGCACCGGCUCAGGUCUUGACGAGCUCGACAGAGCGCUACUCAAACGACUUGGGCGACUUUUCGGUCUACAUGUCACUGCUUCUAUCGAGCCGCAGACAAAUCUCGUCAUUGUGCCGCCGAUGGUCAGUGUCCUUGAAGAGGGUCGCAAGGUUGGCUACGCUCGCGAACACGGCAUCGAGAUCGCGGGCUUUGAUCGUCUGAUCCGUCUUGCUCGCGCUUCACCGUCGGGGCUUACAGAGCCACCGGCUACUACAGAAAGCGUGCAGGUCGAUGCUCUACCGCCAUUGCAUGGCUGCGUCAUCACGACUAGUCAGCGUUUUGAGCAUCAAGCGGAGAGCAUGAGAAGCAUUGCGCAGAAGCUCGGCGGCCUCUUUGUUCGGACCAUGACGGACAGUGUGACUCAUCUAAUCCAUUGCAGCACUCAGACAGGCAUGGUCCUGCCAGAAUGGCAGCCUUUGCUCGAUCGUGGCGGAUUCAUCGUCCACCCAAAAUGGCUGGAAGACUCGCUCGCAGAAAGCACACGCAAAGUGGAGCGUGACUAUCCUCAAUCCUACAGUGUCUCGCGACUGAUCGCAAGAGCUGGCUCAGCGCCUGUCCUGCCUUGCUCUGCAGCUCUCGCGAAAAGACUGACGAACUCGGCGCAGCCGGCCUCAGCGAGCGCGCCUUCAUUCGCUGUCCCUGUACCACUGAAGGCGCAAGACGAUCAAUCGCAAUCGCCAGAUGAUCGUCAGCGCAGUCCACUCUCGCAGAUUGAUCAGACAUCGAAUGCUGAUACCGGUGCGCGUCGUCUCAGCCAGUCACAUACUGAAUGCCAGCUCCGCACACCUUCAAGAGCGAAUCAAGAGAACGAGGGCGUUCAGCUUACGGCUGAUACAUCAGCGCCUGUGACUGAAACCGUCAUGGCGAACCAGAUCUUCUCAAAAAUUUACGAAAAUGGGCUACCGACGUCAGCCUCUCGCAAAGUAGAUCGCCGCAAAGUCAGGCCGACUUCGAGACCCGCUGAUCCAUCCGCACCCACUACGGGUCAACGACGCAGACCUUUCGAGAUCAGUCAAGUACAACCCUACAAUGAUGCCGUCAACCACGAGACGCAAGAGCAAAGCGUCGUCUUCGGCUGGGGAGCCUCAUCUGGCUCUCGCGCGCGGCUACAAGGCGUACAAGAGGGAGUCAGUGAACAUUCUCAAAGACAGACGAGGCAGCGAUAG